AUGUCGAAUGUAUCCGUCGGUUCGGCCAAUGCCGCGUUUGUGACGCCAGCAACGGGCGUUCUCGAUGCCUACAACCGCCGAAACAACAUGCAUGAUGCGAGCCGGGAGUUCUACAAGCUCCUUGACGAUCUACAAUCUCCAGCAGUGCGUGACCGCCUGAAGAGAGCCAAAAUUGGUAUUGCUCAAACCAUCGAGGCAUUCGAAAAGGGCUAUGAGACAGAUUACGUCGUCAUACAGCUCGCAAUGUCCAUGUCUCCGCUCUCCUUUCGAGCUGUUCUCUCGGGCACAGUCGCUUGGCAAGCAGCCAAGACGACUAGUCUUGACUGGUAUUCUGCGGCCGGGCCAGGAGUUUACGCUGUCGGCAUUGGAGUAAACGGGCGUGGAGGCAGUUUCUUGUCUGCACAGGAAAUCCGCCGUCUGGCAGAAGGCAUUGACCGGUAUUCCGCUGGAUACGAUGCCUUGCAAACAGCCGCUGGCCAGCGAACCUCGAGUCAACGUCAAGACGUCAGAUAUCUGCGCAGCGUUGACAAUGCCAUUUCCAACUGUGUCGCUUCAGCAAAAGGGGGUCGAAGCAUCGACAACCCUAGCGAGCAACAGCGCGCACUCUUGUUUUCAGAGAGACUCCGAGAACGCGCCCAGGCCAUCGAAUCCGUUGAUCCGACGGGCCAGACGAUCCAAAUACAGAGCCCGCUCUACGUUGGAUGCUCGGAAAAGCUGGAACAGCGGACUAGAGAUUACGUUGCGCCGGUCAAUCUCGGCAACAUAAACAAGUUGCUGGCUCUGACCCUCAACGUUCUGAAGAUGAUGAAUCUUCCGUCUACCCUCUACGUUCGCCCCGUCAUUCGCAUCUGGGAGCGACAUCAGCUUCCAUAUGCAGAGCGGCUUGUUGCCACGCUUGCCGAGUCAUUGGUGGCGCAAAACGGCUUUAACGCCAGGGAAGCGGGAGGACAGGCUUGCCCGUUCAACCCGAACGCCUUCCAAACCGCCAAAUCCGUCGUCUUCUCCGUCAAGCCGUACUUGAAACGGCAUAUUGAUGGGGUUGAUACCGUGCUCAAAGACAGGCUGAAAUUCAUCCAAGAGGUGAAGAGGCUGAGCCAGUACCUGUCCGAUCUACAGCAAGAGAUUGAUGGGACUAGGCAACAACUUCGCAGUUUAAUGGCACUCAAGCCGAUUGGGUGGACGGCAGGCAUCGCAAUGCUGCAGACCAAACUGCAAAAGCUCUGUCAGCAGACGGACAUGCUGGUGGACUGGAAGGUUCGCAUGCAAGCUGUCAUCGGCCUUCAAAAUGCCAUGCUGCCGCCGCCGCCGUCCGCGGGCCAUCAAUCUGCUGACUCUCAGCCGCCUUUAUCGGCAACAGAGGUCAGAUGGGUGCCCGCGACUCCCGUUGCUGGCCAGGGGAGACGGCCGCUUCCGCUUUCGUCAUCGUCAGUGGUGACUGUGAUUCCGCAGACCUCUGACUCUUCAUCAUUACCCGCGAUUGAUGAAAUGGAUGUCGAUUGA